UGAAUGAGCGCGCCGAGACGGGGCCGCCGUCGCGAUCCGAGCAGGCCGCGAGCAACCGCCGCCAUGGCCUCGCCGCUGCCCAGCCGCGCGGCCGGACCCGCCACCCCGCUGUCGCCCACCCGCCUGUCGCGGUUGCAGGAGAAGGAGGAGCUGCGGGAGCUCAACGACCGCUUGGCGCACUACAUCGACCGCGUCCGCGCGCUCGAGCUCGAGAACGACCGGCUGCUGCUCAAGAUCUCCGAGCGUGAGGAGGUGACCACGCGCGAGGUGAGUGGCAUCAAGGCGCUGUAUGAGUCGGAGCUGGCUGACGCCCGAAGGGUCCUGGAUGAGACGGCCUGUGAGCGUGCCCGGCUGCAGAUCGAAAUGGGAAAACUGAAAGCUGAGCUGGAGGAGGUCGCCAAGAGCACCAAGAAGCGGGAGGGUGAGCUUACUGUGGCCCAGGGCCGUGUGAAGGACCUGGAGUCCCUGUUCCACCGGAGCGAGGUGGAGCUGGCCGCCGCACUCAGUGACAAGCGCAGCCUGGAAGGUGACGUGGCAGAGCUCCGGGCACAGGUGGCCAAGGCAGAGGACGGUCACGCUGUGGCCAAGCAGCAGCUGGAGAAGGAGACACUGAUGCGUGUGGACCUGGAGAACCGCUGCCAGAGCCUGCAGGAGGAGCUGGACUUCCAGAAGAGCGUGUGUGAGGAGGAGGUGCGGGAGACACGGAGGCGCCACGAGCGCCGCCUGGUCGAGGUGGACAGCAGCCGGCAGCAGGAGUACGACUUCAAGAUGGCACAGGCGCUGGAGGAGCUGCGCAGCCAGCACGACGAGCAAGUGCGGCUGUACCGGCUGGAGCUGGAGCAGACCUACCAGACCAAGCUGGAGAACGCCAGGCUGAGCUCUGACCAGAACGACAAGGCGGCCAGCGCGGCCCGUGAGGAGCUACAGGAGGCGCGCAUGCGCAUUGAGUCCCUCAGCUUCCAGUUGUCCAGCCUCCAGAAUAAGGCGAGCGCCAAUGAGGAGCGCAUCCAGGAGCUGGAGGCAGCCGCGGCCGGGGAGCGGGAGAAGUUCCGGAGUCUGCUGGCCGCCAAGGAGCAGGAGAUGACGCAGAUGCGCGAUGUGAUGCAGCAGCAGCUGGCCGAAUACCAGGAGCUGCUGGAUGUGAAGCUGGCGUUGGACGUGGAGAUCAGUGCCUACCGCAAGCUGCUGGAGGGCGAGGAGGAGCGGCUGAAGCUGUCCCCCAGUCCAUCCUCGCGGGUCACCAUCUCGCGGGCCACCUCGAGCAGCAGCACAAGCAGCAUGUCUGCAGCUGGGCGCCCAGGCCGCGGCAAGCGCCGGCGGCUGGAGGCCCAGGAGACGCCGGGCAGUGGCUCCAGCUCAAGAGGCCUCAGCUCUGGCAGCAGCAGCAGCAUCAGUGGCAGCAGCUUCCACCUGGCCCAGCAGGCCUCCGCCACAGGUGGUGUCAACAUCGAGGAGGUCGACCUGGAGGGCAGGUUUGUGCGGCUCAAGAACCACUCAGACAAGGAUCAGUCCCUGGGGAACUGGAGGAUCAAGAGGCAGGUCCUUGAGGGUGACGAGAUUGCCUACAAGUUCACACCCAAGUAUGUCCUGCGGGCUGGACAAACGGUCACGGUGUGGGCAGCAGGCACAGGGGUAGCCCACAGCCCACCCUCGACACUCGUGUGGAAGAGCCAGAGCAGCUGGGGCACUGGUGAGAACUUCCGUACCAUCCUAGUAAACGCCGACGGGGAGGAAGUGGCUGUGAGAGCUGUGAAGCAGAGCUCAGCCGUGCAGGAGAAUGGGGAGGAGGAGGAGGAAGAGGAGGCUGAAUUCGGCGAGGAAGAUCUUUUCCACCAACAGGGCGACCCUCGGGCCACAGCAAGGGGCUGCCACCUAAUGUGACUGCACACCGCCCUCCUGUACUCAAACCCGGGACUAUUUUGCUAUCAUGACUUUCAUUAGUUCUGGACACGUUUUUAGCUGGUUUUUAAGCAAACCACCAGCGCAUGGGGGAGGGGGGGUCUCUGCAGUGCUUAUCCAUCAGCGGUGUCCCUGGAUCAUCCCUUUGUCACGUUUCUCUACUGUCCAGACUUUCUGACCCCCACUCUGCUCCAAGUUGGCCAUUAGGUUGAAUUGAAGGCCCAAGGCCAGGAACCCGGAAGCCAAGAAGGUGGAGGCUGCCACUGGGGAGUUGUGGGGAUUCUGUAAGAGUGUGGGGUGUGCUCUUUUUAAAGUUUUCUCAGAACCAAAAGCAGAAACCAGGUUCCAACCUGGUAGGGGGGAUGUUGGGGGCAUGGGUGGCACCUGGGGAUCAAGAGUG